UUCAAGGUGCAGCUUUUCUUAAUGCUGUGUAAAGGUAAAGUAAACUCUUGUAUUUAAUUUUUUAGUGGUAGGAUUCAUGAGCAUUGAACACAGAUAUUUUCUGUUUGGAGUUCAGUGAUCAUGAAUUCUAUCUUUUAAAUGCAAAAAUAUUUGCACAAUCUAUUACAUCCAACCACUUUGUUUCUUAAAUAAUUUUAAGUUUAUUGCACCUGACUAUUCUCUUCCUUGGCAAAAACAAAGAGAAUAUACAAGUUCUGGCAGGCAAGGUUUGAAAAUCUUCUCCUAUUAUCUUUUCCCCUAAAAAAAUUGGAAUUCUUCUUCUUUCUUAAAUGGAGAUAAUUGUAUUUUCCUUAUUACAGUGCAUUUAUGAUUGGGGAUGAGAAACUAUUGACAAAUGCACAUUGUGUUGAGCAUGAUACACAGGUUAAGGUGAACAGAAGGAGAGAUGAUACCAAAUAUGUUGCCAAGAGGAACUUGGAACGUGGAACGUGGCCUGGACAUUUAGUGCUUUCUGUCUCAGCUUUGGAUUGCUGCCUAGAAGUUCGUCGACACUUAGAGUCGGGUGCUGAUGUGCUGCCACCGUGUCUCUUAGUUUUCACCUUCUUACCUCCCUUCUUCGAUUGAGAUUGCAAGUUUCUUUUUGGUGCCAUUAUAAAAUACAACCUCUAAAUGUAAAUUGACAACAUCAAUAACUUGUUA